AUGUUCUAUGUCAGAAGGUCUCACUGCUGUGUGUUUGCAUGCUCUGCAGGUCUGAGAGCAAAGCCCACAUUAACGAUUCCUCCUCUGACAGAAGGAAAGGAGGCCACUCUGACCUGUAAAGCUCCCGAUUCCUGCUCUGGUCCUCAAUCUAACCCCGAGUUCACCUGGAUCUGGGUCCAUCCAGGAGAAAAUAGCUCUUCCAUUGCAGGAAAUAAGACAGAAAUUCAGAGCUCAAACUCAGCUCUGAUAUUUAACCCUUCAGCUGAACAUCAUGGCACUGCGCUCAGCUGUCAGGUCACCUGCUCAAACCGCACAUCUGCAGAAGUGACAGUGACUCUGAAUGUAACCUAUGUGAAGAAGCCAGAAAUCAGUGGCGAAGCAUCACUUGUGGAGGGCGAUGCUCUGAAUCUGACCUGCACUGCUGAGAGUUUCCCUCCAUCUGUCACCAAGUGGACCAAACAAGGCAUCAACAAAACCCUGAGCACAGAAACGGGACCUGCUCUCAUCAUUCACAACGUGACAGUAGAGAACGCGGGACAGUAUUCCUGUGCAGUGGAACAUCCGAGCAGCCUGACACAGGACGUUAAAAUUACUGUGAUAAUCAAGAAGAAACUUCAAAUCACUGGAGAGAAGGACGUAACGGAGGGCCGUUCUCUCAAUCUGACCUGCAGCUUGGACAGUUUGCCUCCAUCUUUUAUCACCUGGACCAAACUUGGCUUCAACUCAACCGUGACCAACGGUACUGGAGCGGCCACGCUUUUUAUUCCCAACACGACAGCAGAACAUUCUGGACGGUACGUCUGUUCAACAGAACACCUGAACAGCACCCUGACUCAAGAAGUGGAUGUACAAGUAAAAUAUGUGAGGAAGCUAAAGGUUUGUGGACGUACAACAGUUAAGGAAGGUGGUACCGUGAACCUGACCUGCACUGUUGACAGCUUCCCUCCAUCGAUCGUCAUGUGGACUAAACAUGGCAACUCUCUGAUAACUCAAGCUGGACCUGACUCUGGAUCAUCUAGUUUAGUUAUUCACAAUGUGACUGUAGAAGACUCUGGACUAUAUUUCUGCACAGCACACUACUUGACCGCCCUGACUCAAGACGUUAACAUAAGUGUGAUCUAUCGGAGGAGCCUGAAAAUUACCGGAGAGACGGUUGUAACGGAGGGUCGGGUUCUGCAGCUGGCCUGCAGGGUUGACAGCUGGCCUCGGGCCGUCAUCACCUGGACUGAGCUUCGGUUCAACACAACGUUACAAAACGGCACCGGAGCAACUUCACUCAUCGUUUAUAAUGUGACAGCUGAGCACAGUGGACUGUACAGAUGUACAGCGAAACAUCUGGACAACACUCUCAUGGACGAAGUCGACAUCAAAGUGAAGAUGCUCCCUCAGAUCCUGAAAGAGUCGGUGUGUGAGGCUCAGUUGGACGUUCUGACCUGCGUGUGCAUCAGUCAGGGGCUUCCUUUACCCACCAUCAAAUGGCUGCUGUCAGAGAACCAAACCGAGUACUCGUUUCAUACUGCAGUGUCAAAUCACACUGUCAAAAGCACCCUCACUGUUACCCACCACAGCUGGCGUCCAGCUGUGUGUGUCAGCGGGAAUGAAAACGGGGAAACAAAAGAGAUUCUCGUUAUAAAACAAGUGGAUGAAGAAGGCCGAAUCAGCAAACUGUUCAGAACGGUCACCCAGCUUCGAACAGCUGUUCCCUUCCUGGCUGGAACGUUACUUUCAGCUCUUAUUUUCUGUUUGUUCAUGCUGUGCUGCAGAUGUCUCCCCAGGAAAAAACAGCAGGCUAAAGAAAGUACCACUGAGACUCUGGAGAUGAUUGUCUGCAGCUUAACUUUAACUAAUAUUAUUUGCAUUCUUCACCUCCAGACAAAUGAUGGCCGAGUCAUGGAAUAUGAACAGAUCCAGGCUGAAGGAACAGCUGGAGCAGCUGAAGAGGCUGAAGCUGGAGGGUCAGAUGUAGAGUACUCCGAUAUUAAACUGUUGAUGUUGAAGAAAAAUACAUCAACGGGGACGAAAUGGAAGAAACAAGAGAGUGAAGAUACAAAGUGCAUGUAUGCAAAAAUUAAGUUAAAAGAAAAAAAAACACAGGCAAAUGAGGACAAAGAGGAAGAGGAGCUGAGACUCGAUGUGCAAGAAGUGCCUGAAGGUGAAGAUGUAGCUGUGUACUCCACUGUGAAGGAGCAAAUUGACCAGAGCUAA